AUGGCCAACAACGAGGUGCCCGAGGAGCCGCUUGUGCCUCCUGUUCUGGACGCAGCUGAGCUGAUUGGCAAUUCGGGCGCUGAUUUUCCCGUCAUCGAGGCCGAGCCAGAGGAAGAGCUCAACCUGGCGCUCGAUACUGCCGAACAGCAGCGCAUAUUGCUUCAACAAGACGAAGACCAACCCCAAGCCGGGCCUCCCCUUACGCUGCCAGCACGCCCCGGCCUGCAACGCGGCAAUUCAGUCCCUACACCUGCGCCGAAUCUCCCUCCUCCCGCACCGCCUGUACCGCCACCAGACACCCCACAGAAUGACUCGCUUUCGCUGGCGCAAUUGCAGAACCUCGUGAGGGGCCUACCAAAGGUCGAGCCUGCGCCAUACGCCUUUACCUACGAUGACGCCUCGUUCUUCGAAGAGGAGCUGGAGGAGUGGUUCUCGUACGCAGUCGAGGAGCAGGCUAUGCUGCUGAAAACCCAGGCAUCCUAUUCGUUGGAAUGGAGCGCAUUCCAUGGGUUGAACGACGUGUCCAAUGGCGAAGAUGGCUUGGACUGGGCUAAGGCGACGACAACACAACACAACGACUUUGUGAAACAUUCAUUAGGAGGACUGAAGGACGCAGAUCCCGUCAUGAGGCUAAAGAAGCUGGAAGCAUUGGUCUACGUCCUCCUUGGGUGCUGGCAUGAGACUGCAGGACUACCAGAACCAGCGGCGGACGAGGCAAAAGCGUCAGGCACAACGUCAGCACGCAGCGCCGCAUACGUCAAAUCGGGAAAGCAAGCCUCGCUCAUCAAGCGCAACGUACACCUGCUCGCCGAUAAUAAUGGUGUGCAGGCCAUCGUCGAUGCACUCAGCUCUUCGCUUCUGAGAGCAUGUGGGGUGGAAGUCACACCCGAAGCUCAGCGUGAUUCCAAGGAGGCCGAACGACGCGAGAUCUGGUGUGGGAUGACUGCCGUCUACGUCUUACUGGAAGUUGCGCGCGACGAGGAAAAGACAAAGAACAGCCUCAAACUCAGAAGCGCCAUUCUUGACCUUGAGAAGCCAGGCCUUCUUAUGCUUUUCGUUGAUCUCAUCGCAAAAUUACGGUGGGACGAGUCAAUUAACCUGCCUCUUAGUAAGAUUUCACUGCUGCUCUGGAAGACGAUGCUGGUGACUUUCGGUGGUCUCGCCGAAGUUAGCAAGGUCAAAAAGACUUUCAACGACAACAAGCUCGAGUCGGAGGAUUCCAAGGGUCAGCCACUCAUCACUGCCUCGCCUCUUGAUUACCACCUCUUCAGGCAGGAGAUAAGCUCCAAGUACCCUGCGUACAAUCCUCCUCUUCCCAUAUUUCCUCUUGAGCCAGAAAACAACUCCAUCUUGCCACCGCUAAAGAAUCAUCCAAACAAGGUAGCUGGCAAUCAUGUCUUCGGCUCAGGACUUGGAGACACAAAUGGCAAUAGUACGUCCAUUCUGCACCAGCCGGUACAUAUUGCGACCCCGGCGCCCUCGCCUCCUCCCUCGCCUGCAGGCCCUGGCGGCAAGGGCGGGAAGAAGCAGAACUACCAGACAAACCAAAUGUUCCCAUUCUUAUAUCCGCCACUCGACGAAUCUAGUAACAAACUGGGUGGAAAGGGCUCAACCGACCUGCAGGACCUUCUUGUAGGACGCAAAUGGGAAGGCUCGGACAUACCUGCAUCCAUCUUGGAGGCCGCAGAGCUCUUCGCUCAACGCAUGAAGGCCACGCGUGCGAUGAAGCAGCUAUGGGAGGAGCGUGUCGCAUUUAUGAAGUACGAGCGCGGUUGGACCGGUCCUGACGACAAUCCUGAUAUUGAGGAACUGUCGCUUGAGCCCAAAGACGAAGCGCCACCAAAGAAAUUUGAACCUGGUAGUUGUGAGGAGCGACUGCAUUUGGUCGAGGAGUUGUAUCGGAUCGCACUUCCCAACUUGCAGUCACUAAUCAUCGUGUUGAUCAAAGCUAUCCUUGCGCAUGUCACGGCGCUCGUCACGCAAUCCAGCGGCGCGAAUGGACUACAGAGCGGCUUCCAAUUCCAGGACAAUCAGAACGGUACGACAGCCGGUCGACCCGACAUGAGUGGCAUGAACGGUCAUGGUAAUCCGUUAGCCACCAAUGAGGAGCUUGACGCAAUGCGCACACAAGAGGUUCUCGACAAAGCAGUUACAGGCACCUUGAUAUUGAUCCUGAAAUGGUUCAAAGUCUCUCACAUCCUGAAAUUCGAGUACAUCACGCAGCUACUGGUCGAUUCCAGCUACGUCCCGUUGAUCUUGAAGCUACUACAACUGCAAGAGGUUGAAAAAAUCGUAAACUUCAAGAGUGAGCAGGAAGAGCUCAACUUCUUCAGCUUUUGUCGAACACAUUCCAGGAAUGUAUCUGAAGAAGACCAUAUUGAGGGCCGUCAAGGAGAAGCGUACAACGGCGAAUCAGACGAGGAUGAUGCCGUCCCACCUCCAAUCCGCCUAUCUAGAGAAGAUUCAAAUGAAUCAGGACUCGAGCCAGCCCUACCGCUUGCUCAACUUCAACCUCCAGAGGUUGACGAGCUUGGCUUCCCUACCAACGAAUUGCCGAAAGAACCCAUCACCAACUUCUCAUGGCGCGCGUUCUUUACAUCCAUCAACUACCUUCGCAUUAUGCAAAAGAUCUGCAAGAACAAGGCACAUCGUAAUCUCAUGCUAGUGUCUUACAAGUCUUCACAGUUCCUUCGCAAGAGUUUGAAGGUACCACAACCGGAGCUGCGUCUGUAUACGCUCAAGCUUUUCAAAAACCAAGUUCCUUACUGUGGCCGCAAGUGGCGACAAUCCAACAUGCGCGUCAUCACUGCGGUGUAUCUACACUGCAGACCUGAACUCCGAGACGACUGGCUAGCCGGGAGUGAUGUGGAUGCCGAGGUCGACGAGAGCGUCCCGCUUGAGCAAGCUUUGCGAUCACUCACUCACUGGCACAACCUCAAGCGUUAUCCAGAGAGCUUAGGCGCCAAACCCGGUGUCCUAGAGGAGGAACAAGACUUCUUCCGCAACGAGCUUGAGAAGAUGGACUGGGGUGAUGAGGCUGCGAAUGAAGGAGAGCUUGAGCAUGGCUGGGGGGAUCUUCAGGUUGAGGAUGAUUCGCAACGCGCGCAAUUUCUGGAGCGCCCCAAAUACCAGGUACAUCGGCGCAGACAAGCAGUACGAGGUGGAAGACUGACCAGACCGUCUCUUGCGCGGUCCAUCUCGGAGCCGGCUGCCAAGACAUGGCCAGGUGCAAUCAAACCAAAGCGGGUUUCCCGGUGGGAUAUUCAUAGCGAGCUGGAGGAACUCGUCAAGGCGUCGACGCGCGAGGAUAGCGAUGGGGAUGGUGACGAAAAUGCAAAGGGCGGAUACCCUGAUUCGACAGGAACUGAUGGGCAAAACUUUCAAGUUAAUGACGGCUGGCAGAGAAAAGGGACCAGGGAACUGCAACGCGAGAGGAGAGCGAAAAGCGAGGCUACUGCUUCUGGUCCUGAGACUGUAUAA